AUGGCGGUCUGCACGAUGGCCACCAUGCACGCCGCCGUGCACCACCACCACCAUCCCCUCCUCAACGUCCCGCCACCGCCACGCCACCGUGUCCGGGUCGUCGUCCGUGGGACGGCCGGCACCACGGCUGCGGCGGUGACGUCGGAGCCGGACACGUUCUCCAAUGCCUUCUGGGACUACAACCUCCUCUUCCGGUCGCAGCGCGCCGAGACGUCCGACCCCGUGCAGCUCCGCGUCGUCGAGGGCGCGAUCCCGGCGGACUUCCCGGCAGGCACCUACUACCUCGCCGGGCCCGGCAUGUUCUCCGACGACCACGGCUCCAUCGUCCACCCCCUCGACGGCCACGGCUACCUCCGCUCCUUCCGCUUCCACCCUGACCACGGCGUCCACUACGCCGCACGCUACGUGGAGACGGCGGCGAAGAGCGAGGAGAAAGGGGACGGGGCGUCGUGGAAGUUCACGCACCGGGGCCCCUUCUCGGUGCUGCAGGGCGGGCACAGGGUGGGCAACGUGAAGGUGAUGAAGAACGUGGCCAACACCAGCGUGCUCUGGUGGGGCGGUCGGCUGCUCUGCCUCUGGGAGGGCGGCAUGCCCUACGAGCUCGACCCCAACACGCUGGAGACCAUCGGCCCCUUCGACCUGCUCGGGCUGGCGGACGAGGCAGCGGCAGCACAGGGCCGGGUAACCGGACGGCCGCGGCAACGGCGGCCGUGGCUGGUGGAGGCCGGGCUCGACGUGGCCACCCGCAUGCUCCGCCCGAUUCUCAGUGGCGUGUUCAGCAUGCCGCCCAAGAGGCUGCUGGCGCACUACAAGGUCGACCCGAAGCGCAACCGGCUGCUCAUGGUCGCCUGCAACGCCGAGGACAUGCUCCUCCCGCGAGCCAACUUCACUUUCUACGAGUUCGACGUCGGCUUCGGGCUGGUGCAGAAGCGGGAGUUCGUCCUGCCGGCGCACCUCAUGAUCCACGACUGGGCCUUCACCGACUCCCACUACGUCGUCCUCGGCAACAGGAUCAAGCUCGACAUCCCCGGCUCGGCGCUGGCCAUGACCGGCACCUACCCGAUGAUAGGGGCGCUGCAGCUGGACCCGAGCAAGGAGACGACGCCGGUCUACCUGCUGCCGCGCUCCACGGAGGCCCUGGCCAGCGGCCGCGACUGGACCGUGCCCGUCGAGGCGCCGGCGCAGAUGUGGUCGAUGCACGUCGGCAACGCCUUCGAGGAGGACCUCGGCCGCGGCGGCAUGGACAUACGGCUGCACAUGUCGGCAUGCUCCUACGAGUGGUUUCAUUUCCACAGAAUGUUUGGUUACAGUUGGAAGAACAAGAAGCUGGACCCUACGUUCAUGAACGCAGCCAGGGGGAAGGAGCUGCUUCCUCGCCUCGUGCAGGUGGCAAUUGAGCUCGACAAAAGAGGAGCCUGCCGGCGAUGUUCUGUGAAGAGAAUGUCCUAUCAGUGGAACAAGCCAGCAGACUUCCCGGCGAUAAACCCAAGCUACGCCAAUAAGAGGAGCAGGUUCAUCUACGCAGGAGGGGCAUCCGGUUCGCGCAAAUUCCUCCCAUAUUUUCCGUUUGACAGUGUGGUGAAGGUCGAUGUCUCCGAUGGGACAUCGAGGCGGUGGUCUUGCGAGGGGCGCAAGUUCGUCGGGGAGCCGGUCUUCAUCCCAACCGGUGGUGGGGAGGAUCAUGGCUAUGUUAUUAUUGUAGAGUAUGCAGUAUCUGAAGACAGAUGCAACCUGGUGGUGCUGGAUGCAAGAAAAAUAGGCAAAAAAAGUGCACUUGUGGCAAAACUUCAGGUUCCAAAGCACCUCACCUUCCCAAUGGGAUUCCAUGGGUUCUGGGCUGAUGAAUGA